AUGCGGUCAUUCUCAAUAAUCAUUCUCUCUCUUCUAGGCACCGCAGCAACUGUGGCUGCUGAGUGUUGCUCAAGCCCGGCAACAUGUCUCGACGGGACCAAGAGUGAUAUAUGGUCUUGCUGUGCCUAUGGCAGUUGCAACAUAUUCUGUUGCAAUUGCGACGGUGGUUGUCGUCAAGCCUCAACUAAGAGAUCUUGGACCGACUGGGUCAGCCACGAUCUCGGAAACCUCGCUAGUGACUCUGAAGGCACUUCCGUUUGUGGUUUAACACGCACCGACAAGCAGUGCGUGAUCGACAAAAUCAACGAGUUAGACACUGAUCUCGAUGGAAAGGUCUCUUUGGCUGAAAUCCUUGCGAACCCCGAUAUUGUCAGACCUGGAUUAUCCACUUCUGGCAUCGAUGAUGCCGAGUUACAUGACAUGUUGACAAAGCUCUUCGAUAUCUAUGACACCAGCGAAGACGGCUAUUUGGUGUUCGAUGAGGCCAAUACUCGCCAGGUCGUGCAUCUCUAA